GCACCUGGAAGCGCCCCUUCAAUCCAGAACAUGGUGACACGUGACACAGACAAUGACACAGUCAUCACGAUUCAAAAAUUGCCCAAAAGUGAUUGGAACUGCGACACCAUCACACGUUACAGAGUGUAUUACAAGCUCACCAAACAAAAAGAUGGUGACUGGGCGUUACUCGAGUCACAGAACAGGACCGUUGUGGUGAAAGGCCUUCCAACGAGACAGAGUUUCCACUUCAUGAUAGGCGUUGUGAACAGUGGAAGGUUUCAGACUAAUGGUUCAGUCGAGUAUAAGUCAAUCCCAAGAGCGCCUAUACGAUACUAUGACAUGCAUUUUGCUGUGUGGGUGGCUGUACCAGCCGGAUUUGUUGUUAUAGCUGUCAUAUCAGUCACCAUCUAUCUCUGUAUUAGAAAACGAAACGAGAAGACACCAACACAGGCGGAAUCUGUUGGGCCAGCCGGUACAGAGACCACAAAUGUCUCACUUUCUUCAAUUCCUCCCGAAAACGGUGUUGAUCAAACCGCAACGAGAACGGUGACUCGCUCAACCCUAGGUACCAUGCCACCAACUAGAAUGAGCUUUAGUUAUGGAUUUCUUACCAGACACCAUAGCCCGUGAUGAUGUAAAGUUCGUCCCUCUUCCCAGUUGUCUUCUACAUUUUUGGUAGCAAGCCGUCCAAAACUCUGCUCAUCGCAGGUGCUACAGCUUGCCGAGAAAGAACAAACAGCUAUUUAGAGGGAAUAUGGAAUCGACAUAGAAUGAAAGCGUUUGCCAUGUUUACUGCACCUGAUGUAUUCGUUCGAAGAAGCGAAAUCAGUCUACGACCAAUUUUCACUCUUGUUAGGUAU